AAUGCUAGAAUAUACUGGACAGACUAAAGCAAACUCAGAAGGAGUUCAUACAGUUGUAGACUCAGAUUUAGAAAGUUGGUAAAAGUAAUAAUUAGAAAUUCUAAUUUUAGAAGACCUAAAUCUGCUUCAUAAUAGGAUAAUAGAAAGCUAUUCGAAUUAACGAAACAUUGUUUUAAUGAAAAAAUACCAUAAGCAACUUGUGAUGAAAUUCCUGAAUUUGAUUCAUAUGAUGAUACUUUUUUACUAAGACCAUCUCUGUGUACAAAUAAAUCAAGCAAAUAAAGCUAUGAAAUUAUAAAGGAGGAAAAACAUUAAGAAAAAGAAUUAAUAACACCUUUAAACGAAGAAGACAAACAUUUAUUAAUGAGGAGUGAUUUGGAGUUAUGUAAAUUGUAAGGAAUUAAAAUGAAAAGUGGAGGAUUCUACAAAGGAUAUUGGUACAAAAGAAAACCAAAUGGUAUGGGGGAAUAUCUAUUUGCUGAUUCAAGUAGAUAUAUAGGAGAUGUAAAAAAGAUAAUAUAUAUAUAGUGGAAUAAUGGUUAUGCAAGUGGAAGGGGAGAGUAUUAUGAUACUGAUGGUGGACACUAUCAAGGAGAAUUUUAUUAAAAUUGCAUGCACGGAACAGGAGUUUAUAAAUAUGCAGAUGGAACAAUCUAUAAUGGUAUGAUCAAUACUUAUCAUUAAGGUUAAUGGAUGAACGAUAAAUAUCAUGGAUUUGGUAUUGAAAUAAAAAAUGACAGCCAGUAUAAGGGUAAAAAUAAAUUAUAAAUUAGGCAAGUUCCAGAAUGGUUUAAAACAUGGUUAAGGAACUUUAGUAUUUUCCAAUUAGGAACAAUAUGAAGGUUAAUUUAUAAAUGAUUUAUUUGAAGGGAAAGGGAUUUUUGUAAAAAUUCUAUUUUUAUCUUUAGCUUUGGCCAGAUGGAAGAAGAUAUGAAGGAGAUUGGAAAAAAGGAAUGAUGCAUGGAUAAGGAAUGUUACAAUGGCCAGAUGGUAAUGUACCGUUUCUAAAUAGGUCGUAUCUAUGUAGGAUAAUAUGUUAAUGACAAGAGAUAAGGAUUUGGAACAUUUCAAUUUGCAGAUGGUCGUAAAUAUGCAGGUUAGUGGAUGAAUGGAUUAUAACAUGGAUCAGGAGAAUUUACUGAACAUCAUGGUUAAAUUACGAAAGGAGUUUGGAGAGAUGGCAAAUUGUUUUCACUUUUUUGA